CUAUCAGCAGUUUACGACAAUUUCGCCCAACUAUGGCAGGGGGUUCUCAUCUCAAGCGGCUGAAGACCAGCCUUCGCGAGCAGGGGAUUGUUGGCCCGCAGAAGUCAAAAAAGGAAAAGAAGCGUCAAGGCGGUGCCCCCAGGAACCGGAGAGAAGCCAUCCAGGAGAUCCGCGAAGAGUUCAACCCAUUCGACCUCAAGAAGAACGCCAGAGGACCGAAAUUUCCCGUAACGAGUCUUCGCAAUGCGGCGGAGGAAGUCACCGGCAGGCCUACGGCCUCCCGGUCUCUAGGCGAAGAGAGGCGGCGGGAGACUUUGCUUGCCGAGAUGCAGCGGCGCAACCGCGUGGGUGGUAUCCUGGACAAGCGAUUUGGCGAGGCGGAUCCGACAAUGGCGGAGGAAGAUAAGAUGCUGGAGCGAUUCGUCCGCGAGAAGCAGAGGUCGCAUAAGAAGACCAGUCUCUUCGACCUCGAGGAGACCGAACCGAUCGACUCGCUUACCCACAAUGGCCAGGCCCUGGCGCUUGACGAGGAUUUCAACGAAGAUGAUCUCGGGGGCAGCGACUCGGAGUCCGAGAGGACGGGCCGGAAGCGCCCGCGGUUCGAGGACCUUGACGCUGAAGACGAGGACGGCGAGCAGGUCGAUGACCAGCCUCAGAGGAAGAAAACAAAGGCAGAGGUCAUGCAAGAAGUCAUCGCCAAGUCCAAGGCAUACAAGUAUGAACGACAAGUUGCCAAGGAUGAAGACGAUGACCUCCGACGAGAGCUAGACAAGGACCUGCCAAGCCUGCAGAUGAUGCUUUAUGGACGCGGUUCGACACACGCUGGGAAAGACAACGGCGAUAAGACAGACACAAAUAUCACACCACUGGGUAUCAACAAGGACGAGUUCAUUUCGGAUUUCGACCGUCGCCUGAAGCAGCUAGUCCAUGAUCGCCGAUCGAAGCCGACCAACCGAACCAAGACCGAAGAGGAGAAGGCACAAGAGGAGUCUGAGCGUCUGAAGGAGCUGGAGGAGAAACGCCUGAAGCGGAUGAGGGGCGAGUCUGUGUCGGACGAUAGCUCUGACGAGGACGAGAAGCAGAGGGAAGGCAAGAAUGGACAGGAAGAGUCUGCCUUUCAAUUCUUUUCCACUGAGGAAGAGGAAGAAGACUGGGGCCUGGGCAGAGGCAUCAAGGCAAAAAAGUCCGCCGCCGAAUUCUCAGAUGAAGACUCCUUCAUUAUCGAUGAUGAUCUCGUCGCCAGUGGAUCUGAUCUCGAGCCCGCCGAUUCGGACUUCGAAGACGACGAUGACGAGGAUUUGUCUGACGAUGAACAAGCGCAAGACGGAGAUGAAGAAUCCGAUGACGAGUUCACGAAGGGGCUUCUGACUGAAGAGGAAGCCAGAAGCUCCGUCUUUGCCAAAGGUGGUGGCUCUGGCAGUGCCACGAACGGGGCCACUGGGUCAGCCGAUGAGCUGCCCUAUUCGUUCCCAUGCCCUCAGACCUACGACGAGCUUGUGGCACUAGCCGGGCAAUACCCUAUCGACACACUCCCAACCAUCGUUCAACGCAUUCGCGCACUCUAUCAUCCAAAGCUCGAUAGCAAAUACAAGGAGAUGCUGGGGAAUUUCUCAAAAUCCCUAGUAAGCUAUAUUGCCGCGGAUCACUCAGGACAAGAUACCCCCUUUCGGGUUUUGGAAAGCAUCACACGGCACAUCCAUUCGUUGUCCAAGUCAUUCCCAGUUGAGACUGGGCUCCAGUUCAGAGAACACAUCAAGGAAAUCAACUCACGGCCGCUUGAGUUCCAUCUAGGUGACCUCACACUGUUCACCGCCGUCGGCACGAUCUACCCGACGUCAGACGCCUAUCACCAGGUGGCAAGUCCGGCGCUAUUACUGAUGACAAGAUACCUCGGUCAGAAGAUACCACGGACUCUUUCCGACUAUGCGCUCGGCACCUACCUGUCCACGCUGGCAGUGCAAUACCAGAAACUUUCUCGUCGAUUUGUCCCGGAAGCCAUGAACUUCUGCCUGAACACCUUGGCCCUAGCGGUGUCCGGGCCUUUGCCAGGCAACUUCCCCUUCCAUGAGCCGGCUGAUGGCCUUCGCGUGGCGGCUGCAGCGAAAGAGGACCGAAAGAUGAAGAUCACCGACUGCGUCCCCCAGGAGCAUACAAAGGCGGAAGCGGAGGUCAUUAAGGCCGCCCUUAUCGGCACGACUAUCCAGCUUCUGGAAGCCUCCGCCGACCUGUGGGCCGGGAAGGCAUCCUUCCUAGAAACAUUCGCGCCCGCGCUUCGCAUUCUCGAGAGUAUCACUUCUGCCAAAUCGCCCCACCGCGCCAAAUUCUCCGCGGCCCUCUUCGGGCGUCUCGAAAGAGUGGCCCUCAAGCUCUCGCGGAUGCGACAGACGGCCGUCCUAUCGCGCCGCCCGCUUCUUGAGCACCAUCACCGCCCACUCGCUAUCAAGACGUCGAUCCCCAAGUUCGAGGACUCCUUCGACCCCAACAAGCACUACGAUCCGGACCGCGAGCGUGCCGAGCUCGCCAAGCUGCGGGCGGAGCACAAGAAGGAACGCAAGGGUGCACUGCGGGAGCUGCGCAAGGACGCGCGGUUCAUGGCGCGCGAGAAGCUGCGGGCCAAGAUCGCCCGCGACGAGGCGUACGAGAAGAAGUACAAGCGGCUCGUGGCGGAGAUUCAGAACGAGGAGGGCCGGGAGGCGAACGCGUACGAGAGGGAAAAGGACGGCCGGAAGAAGGCGAGGAGCAGGUAGCGUUGAGAGGAUUGUGCAUCACCCUGGGAGUUUAUGUUAUAUACGAGACAGGUGUGGCUUUGGUCUCCAUUUGGGUGUUGAAAAUGAAAUAUCCAUGGGCAAAACGUGUACCGCUUUAUGAAGAUGUCGUGAGUUGAGACAAACGUGCGCGUACCGGGGGAUGUCCGGUCCGAUGGCUCUGUGAC